GUUCUUCACUCACACUAUUGCCCAGCAGAGAUCCAGUGUCGGAGAGCGACCGUUCUCAUUGGGGAAAGGCGCAAAGGGAAGCAGCUUUCGCCUCCUCUCUCUUCCUUUCACCAGGAAAGCGACCAAAAACAAGAUGGAGAGGAUGCAAGGAGAACGAGAGGUGGACCACCUGGAGCGACCAAGCCCACUGACUGACAAGGAGAGGGUGAUGAUCCAGGACUCCUGGGCAAAGUUCUACCUGAACUGUGAUGAUGUCGGCGUGGCCAUACUCAUCAGGCUAUUUGUGAACUUCCCCUCCUCCAAGCAAUACUUCAGACAGUUCAAAAACAUGGAGCGAGAGGAGCUGGAGAGGAGCACCCAGCUCAGGAAUCACGCACGCAGUGUCAUGAACGGCAUCAAUACACUGGUGAAGAACCUGCACAACCCGGAGAAGAUAGCCUCUGUGCUGACGGUGCUUGGCAAAGCCCAUGCGCUUAAACACGAGGUGGACCCGGCGUAUUUUAAGAUCCUCAGUGGUGUUAUACUGGAAGUUUUAGGGGAGGUGUUUCCAGAGGUUGUGACAGCAGAGGUGGCAGCGGCGUGGACUAAACUCUUGGCUACAGUCUGCUCCAGGAUCAGAUCCAUCUAUGAUGAAUUGGGUUGGACGAAGCUCUCAACCUCAACAGGGUGAAGGUUUUAGCGGGUUUACUGGAACGGUACGCACUCAUUGACCUCUGACUGUGUGAUCCCAUCGCAGGAUGAUGAAAUGCGGCGCGUAUGCACACACGUGGUAUAAAUGCCAAUAUGAAACAAUACUAUGUCUUCGACUACUCAAGCUGCUUCUAUGCAGCUGCAUUAGACCUAAAGAUGGAAUCUGACAAAACCGGACUCUCGGAUUCUUGCUUGUAACACUAAAAAAUCAAAACCAUUCAAAGAGAGCAACAGACGCAAUGUGUGCCUUGUGAUUAACGAAUACAGUAUAUCCUGAAACUGCCGUGUAAAUAGCAAUCUUUCUUAAACCUUGCGUGAUGUUUCGCUCAAGUAUUUCGUCACUUGUGUACACCAUGCGAUAUAUACUGAGACUACCAAGACAUUUUUACAUUUUUAACAGUAAUGAUUGUAGAUUUUCUCAUUAUGACUCACCUUUGUAUCCAUAUGAACAUUUUGAAAUAAAAAAGGCGAGA